AUGAAAGAUAUAAAUAAAAGAGUAUUACCAACUGGAUAUCAUACUUUAUUUUUAUCUAUUUUUAAUAGUUGUAAUUAUUAUUAUAAACUAUUUGAUCAAGAUUUUGAUAGAACUAUUUUAAUAUGUAAAGCAGAAGAUAAAGAUAAACUUACUAAAGAUAAUUUAGAAGAUGAUGAUAAUAGUGAAAAUGAAGAAGAUGAUACAA